UGCACUGGAGAGACCGUUUCCGUUUCCCUCGCCUUUUUUCUGCCUUGUCGCUCCUCUGCACGCGGCGUUCGCCUCGUCAUUUCCGUUGCAUUCUCCUCGGUCGCGCGUCCUGCCUCUGCGGACUUCUCGCUCUUUUCGCGCCUCCCUCUCGACGACCCCUGUCUCCUGCAGCCGCGCUCUCCUUUUUUCUUCACACCGUUCCCCGCGAUUUCCUCUUUUCUUCGCCCGCGGGAUCCUCGGAGCUCUCUGCUUCCAUCCGCUAACCUUGCUCCGUACUGCUGGUCACACCUGGCGACGACUCACCAGCCGAGAGAGUUUCGCUGUGCGCCCCCGCCUCUCCCCCUCCGCUGCCGCCUCUCUCCCCAGUGACUUUUUUGCGACCUGCUCUUCAACGCUCGGCCUGCGUAGACGCGCUGCUUCUUUCGACUGCGAAGACAAGAUGGCCGGCGGCAUUCGCAGACCGCAAUCCGUUCCGGCGGAGAAAAAGGAGGAGAGUCAGAAGAAGCGGUCUCCGAAUCGGCUGAUCGUCGAGGAGGCGAUCAACGACGACAACAGCGUCGUGGCGCUGAACCCAGCGAAGAUGGAGGAGCUGCAGAUCUUCCGAGGAGACACCGUCCUUCUGAAGGGAAAGAUGCGGCAUGACACCGUCUGCGUCGUCCUGGCCGACCAGGACCUCGACGAAGGAAAGAUUCGCCUGAACAAAGUCGUGCGCAAGAACCUCAGAGUGAAGCUCGGAGAUAUGGUGCACGUGAGUGCCUGCCCAGACUGUCCGUACGGCAAGCGCAUCCACGUUCUCCCGCUGGACGACACCAUCGAGGGCAUCACAGGCAAUCUUUUCGACAUCUACCUCAAGCCGUAUUUCAUGGAAGCGUAUCGCCCUGUUCGCAAGGGAGAUCUUUUCCUUGUUCGCGGCGGCUUCCGUCCUGUAGAAUUCAAGGAAAGUCUCAAAAUAGUUGUGGGCGUCGACCCGGGAGAAUUCUGCAUUGUCGCCCCCGACACCGUCAUUCACUGCGAGGGUGACCCCGUAAAGCGAGAAGAAGAAGAGCGUCUCGACGAAGUUGGAUACGACGACAUUGGUGGCUGUCGCAAACAAAUGGCGCAGAUUCGUGAGAUGAUUGAACUGCCGCUCCGUCACCCGACACUCUUCAAAACUCUGGGUGUAAAGCCCCCGCGCGGAGUCCUCCUCUACGGCCCCCCAGGCAGCGGCAAGACCUUGAUCGCGAAGGCCGUCGCGAACGAGACAGGAGCGUUCUUCUUCCUCAUCAACGGCCCGGAGGUGAUGAGCAAGAUGGCAGGUGAAGCUGAGAGCAACUUGCGUCGCGCGUUCGAAGAGGCAGAGAAGAACGCGCCUGCAAUUAUCUUCAUCGACGAAAUUGAUUCCAUUGCUCCCAAGAGAGAAAAGACGAACGGAGAAGUUGAGCGCCGCGUCGUGUCUCAGCUCCUUACCCUCAUGGACGGCCUCAAGGGACGAGGACAGGUCGUCGUCAUUGGGGCGACGAACCGUCAGAACUCGAUCGACCCGGCGCUGCGCCGCUUCGGACGCUUCGACCGAGAAAUUGAUAUCGGCGUCCCCGACGACAACGGACGUCUGGAAAUCCUGCGCAUCCAUACGCGGAACAUGAAGCUGGCCAACGAUGUGAAGCUCGAGGAGCUCGCAGCGAACACUCACGGCUUCGUUGGCGCUGAUUUGGCGCAGUUGUGCACCGAGGCCGCGCUGUCCUGCAUUCGCGAGAAGAUGGAUUUGAUUGACUUGGAAGACGACACGAUCGACGCGCAGGUUCUCAACAGCAUGGCCGUGACUCAGGAGCACUUUACCAGUGCGCUCCAGUGCUGCAAUCCGAGCAGCUUGAGAGAGACGGUCGUCGAAGUCCCGAAUGUCAAAUGGGAUGACAUCGGCGGUCUGGAAGAUGUGAAGCGCAACCUGCAAGAGAUGAUUCUGUACCCUAUCGACCAUCCUGAGAAGUACGAGAAGUUCGGCAUGAGUCCGAGUCGAGGCGUCCUUUUCUACGGACCGCCUGGGUGCGGGAAGACUCUGCUUGCGAAGGCUGUGGCGAGCGAGUGCUCUGCGAACUUCGUCUCGAUCAAAGGUCCGGAACUCCUCACUAUGUGGUUUGGCGAGUCCGAGGCGAACGUUCGAGAAGUCUUCGACAAGGCGCGCGCGGCGAGUCCUUGUGUGCUCUUCUUCGACGAGUUGGACUCCAUCGGGACGCAGCGCGGAAACUCACUGGGCGACGCAGGCGGCGCAGGCGACCGCGUCAUGAAUCAGAUGCUCACGGAGAUCGACGGUGUAGGACCAAUGAAGAACCUCUUCUUCAUCGGCGCGACAAACCGGCCGGAGCUCCUCGACGAGGCGCUGCUUCGGCCUGGACGGCUCGACCAACUCAUCUACAUUCCUCUCCCCGACCUCCCUGCCCGGAUCAGCAUUCUCCAGGCCACUUUGAGGAAGGCGCCCGUCGCAAAGAACGUCCCCGUUCCUUUCUUGGCGCAGAAGACAGCCGGAUUCUCCGGUGCCGACCUGGCGGAGCUUUGCCAGCGCGCAGCGAAGGCCGCUAUUCGCGAUGCGAUCGCGGCUGAGGAACUUGCGCAAGUGAAUGCAGGCGCGGACGAGAUGGACGCCGAAGAAGAGGAGAAAACUGACAUUGUGUAUGAGAUCACCCGCAAACAUUUCGAGGAAGGACUGGCAGGGGCGCGUCGGAGUGUAUCCCAGACGGACUUGACCAAGUACGACAACUUCCGGAUGAAGUUCGAUCCUCUCUACAAGAGCCAGGCAGCCGGUGGCGAGACGCAGGUUCUCAUCGAAUGGCCCGACGACGCGAACGAUGCAUCGGGAGGCAUUGCGGGUGACGACGCGGAUGACGAUGACCUCUACUCGUAGAGGAGCGGUGGCCGUGCAAAGAGCAAGUUGGAGGAGUGUGUUUGUCAGCAUGCGGAGCAGCGUAGAACGGACUACGCUUGUGCAAGAUGGUCGAAAAGAUGGGGCGACAGCUGGAUGCAGAAGUCAAGAAAAGCGUGAGAAAGGCUGCUUUGCUCUGAAUCGCACUUUGCGUUUUUCCGUGGAGGAGCUGCUCAAGACACACCAAGUGGGGUGUCUGCAUCUCUCAACGCGGAAAACCAGUUCUCCAGUUUUUGCUCGGUCGUGGUAAACCUCGCUGUGUGCGGGCCGCGCAUGCAGGCGCAAGUCCGCGCGAAAAGCGUCGCUUUCCUCCGAGAGGCGAAGCGCAGAACGAGCGUCUGGGUCUCUCCCCGUUGCUCCGCCAGGCUCGGAAAAUGGAAUCCGACAGAAAGGCGUUUCGUGAGGGAAAAGAGUCUGCGGGAAAAAGGAAGGAACCACGGGGGUGUAGGACUCAAGAAAGAACUUGUGAAGAAGCUCUGUUCGCUGGAGAGAAGGAGACAACAGGCGACACAGAAGAGAGCAUGACGGGAGAAGUCUGAACGCGCGCAAGGCAGCGAGAGAGAAAAAGCAGAGAGAAGCGGCGUUUGCGCUCGGAAAGAAACGCGCGGUGGCCAGUGGGGAGCGCCGGGACCGGAGAUGCGCAGAUCUCUGCGAGUUUAACUGUUCUCGUAUUCGCGACGGUUGUCUUCCGCGUCGACAGUGGCUGCCUAAGCAGAGGCUCGAGCAAUGUGAAUAGAAAAUAAGUACAACUAUUGGAGUGCAGCCUUCAGAGGAGAGACGGUGAAAUGCAAGACAGAGCAGUCUUUCAAUGUUGAAUCAGACGCAUGGAUGAGCACGAAGAGUUUCAGAAGCCUCCAGUCGCCAGCCGGAUCUGCGGACCAAAAACAGAGGCCGUGGAAUCCACCAUUUUUUCGAUGGAGGAAACGCAUGUCUUGCAGUGAAAGAGACCGAGGCUCUCUCAGCUCUUCCGGCUGGUCUGCGAACAUGACCCAUCUCUGUUGGGGGCUCGGGACUGGAGUUGCAUUUGUGUUUGUGCUUAUUUGUGGAGGUGCGUGGAUGUAAAAGAAUUCCUCGAUUUCUUUUCCAGUUGAUUCUCUGGCUGUGACUUCGAUGACGAAGUAAGCUUCGGCACACAGAUACCGGGAAAGUGAAAAACUCGAAUCGGUCUCCAGUCAGUUCAACGGUCCAA